AAUUCUAGUUCUCUCUCCUAUAAAUAGCCAAGCAAACCCCCAGACCAUAUUGCCACCGCCAACAAAAUAUCAACUCUACCAUUUCUUCAUCCAUCACAAAUACAAUUCUUUCUGAUUCAUCAAACCACCCCAAACCCAUCUCAAAUUCUCCACUUUCUCUCUGUCCAAACACUCCUAUUCUCUACCACCAUGGUGGUCUUGUCCAAACCAGCAAUUGAACAGUUCUAUGCCACCCAAACCAGCCAACCCUCCAUUUUUUUCACUGGUGUCCCUCUUAUAGACCUAUCAAAACCGGACUCCAAGAACCUCCUUGUUAAGGCCUGUGAAGAGUUUGGUUUCUUCAAAGUGGUCAAUCAUGGUGUCCCAACUGAAUUCAUCACCAAGUUGGAAACAGAGGCUGUCAAAUUCUUCUCUCUACCCCUGUCUGAGAAGGAAAAAACAGGGCCACCAAACCCAUUUGGCUAUGGAAGCAAGAGCAUUGGAUCGAGCGGUGAUGUUGGUUGGAUUGAAUAUCUUCUUCUAACCACCAACCCUGAAUUCAGCUACCAGAGAUUUGCAUCAAUUUUCGGCGAAGACCCGGAAAUAUUUCGGUGUGCUGUGAAUGAUUAUGUGUCAGCUGUGAAGAAGAUGGCUUGUGAGAUUGUUGAAUUGUUGGCUGAUGGGUUGAAGAUUCAACCAAGGAAUGUGUUCAGCAAGCUUUUGAUGGAUGAACAGAGUGACUCUGUUUUCAGGCUCAAUCACUACCCUCCGUGUCCUGAGCUUCAGGAUGAUGAUAUGAAUGAUCCAAAUAUGAUUGGAUUUGGAGAACACACUGACCCACAAAUCAUUUCGGUUCUAAGAUCUAACAACACUUCUGGCCUUCAAAUCAACUUGAGAGAUGGAAAUUGGAUUUCAAUCCCACCUGAUCAGAAUUCCUUCUUCAUCAAUGUUGGUGACUCUUUGCAGGUUAUGACAAAUGGGAAGUUCAAAAGUGUUAGGCAUAGGGUUUUGGCAAACAGUUCAAAAUCAAGGGUUUCAAUGAUUUAUUUUGGAGGACCACCAUUGAGUGAACUGAUUGCUCCAUUGCCUUCAAUCAUGGAAGGAGAGGACAGCUUGUACAAAGAGUUUACUUGGUUCGAGUACAAAAAAUCUGCCUUCAAGUCCAGACUGGCCGAUAAUAGGCUGGGCCUUUUUGAGAAAAUUGCUGCCUCGUAAUGUUCUCUUUUGAGUCCAAGACUUCAAAAUAUUAGGUUUUUUAAUAGUAGUUGAUCAAAUUCUCCAUAGACGGAAAACUUUGUAAUCUUUUUUUCUCUUGUUUUUGUUUCUCAUACUUCAUGUAACUACCUUUUCUUGUUAAUAAAACAAGUCCAUCGUGUUGUCAUCAA